AUGUCCCUCCGCGCCCUCCUCACCGCCAGCGCGCUCUUCCUCUCGUCAGCGCACGCCCACUUCUCCCUCACAACGCCCGUCUCCCUUGAAGGCGAUGAAAUGGACGAGAAGCUCCAGACCUCUGCCCCCUGCGGCGGCGGCACGACGGACAUCACCAAAGCCACCUUCUUCACCGACUUCCAUGUCGAUGGCAGCCCCUUAGGCUGGCUACUGGGCCAUCCCCAGGCGAAUUUCUUGAUUCGGGCGACAACGGACGAGGAUGCGUCUAAGGCGAACUGGACGCAAUUAUUUCCUGUCGUGCAGCAGAGCGGGUUUGGGAAGUUCUGUGAGCCUGUUGUGACGGCGCCAGAGGAGUGGGUGGGGAAGAAGGGCUUUGUUGGGGUCGUGGCGAAUGCCCCGGAUGGGAUGUUGUAUCAGUGUGCGGCAGUCAACUUCGUUUCAGGCGCCGCCGCCUCAAUCGAUAGCGAGGUCUGCACAAACGGCACCUCUGUCAGCGGCAGCUUCACUGGCGACUCCCAGCUGACCGCGCUUGUCGGCGACGGUAGCGUGAGCCCCAGCCCGAGUGAGACUGCCAGCAGCCCAGCGCCGAAUCAGUCGGAUAGUGCGGCAACAUCGGUAAUGGGUGGUCGGCUGCCGGUUGGCACUUUGGCAGUGUCGGUAUUGAUGGUUUUAGUUGGAGCGGCUCUUGCUUGA